UAGAACAACACAUAGAAUAACGUCCAUCCACAACCAAAACCCAUCCAUCCACCAUCAUCCAACAACGAAUAUCAUCCAUAAACGAGUAUCAUUCAUUCAUCCAGGCGGUCAACAUUCCCGGCGAUGAUGAUGUGACAGGCUGGCUGAAUGAAUUGAUGCGAAGAAGCCCGCCCCCGCCCAAUGAUGAUGAUGAUGUUGCGGCGCGCUCCAUUUGAAAAGGACUCUCGCACUCACUCUGAUGUCUGCUCUGAUGGGGCGAUGAGGGCGGGGUGGGGGAGAGGUGACACACAGACUCACAUUCAUCCACCCCUAUUCAUCCAUUCCGUCUUGCAACCCUAUUUGCAGCAUAUUUAUCCCACCCCCCCUCUCUCCCUAUCUCGCUUCUCCCGCUUCGUUGAAGGAUCCUGCCACCGAAUAUUUUACUUAACAGCCCUGGACCAGCUUCAUGGGAGUUGUGGUCGUUGAGUUUUGCAUCGAGACUGACUGAUUGUUGUUAGUAUCAAUCACUACAGAAGAGAAAGGCUUCUAGAUCUCUCUCUUUCUCGGGAGAGUGUGGAUCCAUUUGGCUACGACAUGCCAAAUUCGGUUUCAGAUAGCUGUGUUUCUCACUCUCUCACCUGCUUGCUGCUGUUGAGCUGUUGAUUUUCGGUACAUGCAGUCGGAUGUGCUAGGUUAGUUGCAUCUGCUCUUGAGCGUCUUGACGUUGAUUGAUUCCUUCGCAAUUUGCAUCGCUUUCCAGGUGAUCGUUAGUCAGGUCUGAAGUGUGUUAGGAUUAGGUGGUGCGACGAUCAGUGUUGAGCUGCUGGCGGCUAGAAUACACCUGUGCCUGUGACAUCGAUGGUGCCUGGCGGUGCUGAAGCUGGUUCUCCUCAUGAGAGACUAGUUGCGCACAGCGAUCAGGUCGGCCUUUCAGUGAAUUCGUUGGAAGAUUCCAUAGGUAUCGCAUGUCAACCUUGCGUACGUACGUGCAUGAGAGUGCAUGGCAACUACAGGAGCCGCACCCCCUUGCUCCAUCCUUGUUUCUACAUCUCGGUGGACGAGCAUUCGGUCGAUGGGGGACAAGACUGCUGGAUGACUGUGCCAGAGGCAUUUAUUCGCCGCUACUUGCCCAACGUCGAUCGUCAGAGAAUGAUUCUCGAGAAUGCAGACGGCUGGAAAUGGCCUGUGAUGUACUCGGUGGACGGCUUCUACUAUGGAUGGCGAGAGUUUUCCAACGACAACAGCCUUAUACUUGGCGACAUGCUCUUUUUCUCACUCGUGGAAAUUAAACGGUUCACAGUGCACGUGUUCAGCAAGUCGUCAGGAUGUGAGAAAUCUGCAGGAAUUGUCAAGGCGCCGUCGAACAAGGUCCUGAGACCGAGAAGAGGAGCGGUGACAGAGCAACAAAUUCACUCGAUGCCGGCCUUGGAAGGCCUUUCUAGAUUCCGAGAAAAUGAAUCUGAAGAACGCUUGGAAGAGCCGCGAAAUCUCUCGUUCGGAAGUUGCUACGAGCAGAGAGAAGGUAGGGUAGGAGUUCCGCCAGAGGAACUUCGUGACACUGUUGGAGUGCACCUGCGACGCCCACAUCAUUCGACCGAUGACAACCACGUAGUACUCCAAAAUCAAUUGAGAGAGACACAAAUAUCGAAGGGCACGAGUCUCGAUACACACGAGAGAAGCAAGUCGAUGCCUGCGGGAAACAUCCAUCCACCGCCCUCUUGGACAGGAAUGGUGGAUUCAGAGUAAGACUCUUUGGAGAUCGGGAGGCACGACAGAACAUG